AUUCAUAACAUUGAUAUAAUAAAUAAUCUUUUUCUGAUUUUACUAAGGAGCAUGUGUGUGAACGAACGAUAAUUCCAUGUUAUUUUCGUUUAUAAAACAACAAUGCGCGUUUAGAUCUUCUCACAAGUCUCUUUGUAGCAACACUCCCUUUUCUUUGCCUCUAUGCUUCUCAAGUCUUUCAACGCAUCUGACAUUGUGCACAUGCGCUCAACGGAUCUUUUAUUUCUUUUUUUUUUAUUAACGAAUAUCUUACUUCCCCUUCCUCGUAACGCUCAAUAUACGUCGUCUCGAAUUAUGUCCUUUCUUCUCCGCAACCUGUAAUCAUCGUGAAAAUGUAAUGUAUUAUACGCUUCUUUUUUUGCCGUCGCAUCAGGCACGGCAAGAACACACGUAAUUGCGAUUGAUUGAUAACGAUCGACGAAGGGGCAACGCAUUGUUGCCUCGCAUUGCGACCGGAGUUAUAGCUCGUCGAAGCUCAAUGCUCAAUUUCCAAGUAGCAUAUACGCUCGCACGAUAAUCGUUUUGCCUUUGACGAGGGAAACGUCGCGGUGGUGGUCCGAUCCCAUGCGAGAUAAUGCGCGCAACUUCCAUCAGCACUUCCGUCGAGAUCGGCCUCCGCUUUGUCGGAAUCUGGCCCGGUUUGCCGUAUGGAACCGUCACUUGGGUCUCGUAUGUGACGAGCUUGGUGUUCGCGCUGUAUUUUCAGUACGUGUACAUUUUCGGUCACUUCGACAUCAACAACAUAUCGGAUCUCAUCGAUGCGCUUAGUAUCACGUUGGCUUAUAGUCUCGGCUUUCUGAAGCUGAUCUCUCUUUGGUCGAACCGCAGGAUAUUUCAUAAUAUCCUGCUAACGAUGGAAGAAGAUUGGAGCAACGUUCAUAUUUGCGACAAAUCGGUAUGGUGCAUCAUGGAGAGUAAUGCCAACCUGUCGCGUCGUUGCUCGAAUGUGUUGAUCGGCAUUAACGUUACGUCCGUAAUUUGCUACACCAUGACCAGUCUUCUGCGUCGCUCGGCCGACUUUAAGGAGGAUCUUAACAUUAGUUCGAAAGUGUUACCUAUAAAGAUGGAAUUUCCCUUCGCAGUUGAAGCGUCUCCCCUCUUCGAACUUUUAGCGGUCGGUCAGGUUCUUCAUGUAUUGUCGAUCGCCUCUUUGGUCGCUAUCGUAAAUUGCUUGAUCAUCACGUUGGUACUUCACGUGAGCGGACAGAUCGAUAUUCUUCGUCGGGAAUUACUGACAAUUUGCGGCGACGGAACUUCACAGCGCUAUUCAAUCGUCGCAAGUGUUAGGGUUCUGAUUAGUCGACACCAAAGAAUAAUAAUGCUCUCGGACAAUAUUGAAGAGCUCUAUUCCGAGAUCGCCCUGAUGCAGUUCCUGUCGAAUACCGUGGUCAUGUGUUGCAUCGGCAUCACCAUUAUAGGCUCUCUCGGUAAAGACGGAGCUACCGUAUUAAUGUUGAAAUCCGCUAUGUUUUACGUCGCCGUAACGUUGGAAGCCUUUAUCUUUUGUUUCGCUGGAGAAUACCUCAGCGCCAAGAGCAAAUCGAUUGGCGAUGCAGUCUACGAGGCGCUUUGGUAUAACAUGCCACCUGCCGAAUGUCGAAUUUUAUUAUUUGUGAUAUUAAGAUCGCAGAAGAGAUUGACAAUCACUGCUGGAAAGAUCAUGGAUCUUUCGCUUAAAGAUUUUACAAGUGUGAUGAAAGCAUCCGCUUCGUACAUGUCGGUGCUGCACGCGAUCGUUGCUCGUAAGAUAAUCGUUUCGCUUUUGACGAGGAAACGUCGCGGUGCACCGCGACCACCGCGGUGGUCCGAUUCGGUAAGGAUAAUGCGCGCAACUUCCAUCAGCACUUCCGUCGAGAUCGGCCUCAGAUUCGUUGGGAUAUGGCCCGGUUUACCGUAUGGAACCGUCAUUUGGCUCGCGUAUAUGACGUGCUUGGUGUUGGCGCUGUAUUUUGAGUACGUGUACAUUUUCGAUCAUUUCGAGAUCAACAAAAUCUCGGAUCUCAUCGAUGCGCUUAGUACCACGUUGUCGGCCAGCUUCGGCGGCCUAAAGCUGAUAUCUCUCUGGUCGAACCGCAGGAUAUUUUAUGAUAUUCUGCUGGCGAUGGAAGAACACUGGAACAACGUCGAUAUUUACGAUAAAUCGGUAUCGUAUAUCAUGUCGGGCAAUGCCGAUCUGUCGCGCCGUUGCUCGAACGUGUUGAUCAGCAUUAACGCCGCGACCGCAACUUGCUACUGCAUGAUUACUCUUGUGCGUCGUGAGACCGAAUUUAACGAGGAUCUCAACAUUAGCUUGAGAGUACUGCCUGUACAAAUGGAAUUUCCUUUCGAAGUUGACGCGUCUCCCCUCUUCGAACUUUUAGCGCUUGUUCAGAUUUUUUAUGCAGUGUCGAUAGCCUCUUUAGUCGCUAUGAUAAAUUGCUUGAUCAUCACGUUGGUGCUUCACGUGAGCGGACAGAUCGAUAUUCUUUGUCGAGAAUUACUGACAAUUUGCGGCAAUAAAACUUCACAGCGCUUUUCGAUCGUUGCAAGUGUCAGACUCCUGAUAAGUCGACACCAAGGAAUAAUAAUGCUUUCGGACAAUAUUGAAGAGCUCUAUUCCGAGAUUGCUCUGAUGCAGUUUCUGUCGAAUACCGUGGUCAUGUGUUGCAUCGGUUUCACCUUCAUAGGGUCUCUCGAUAAAGACGGAGCUAGCGUGUUAAUGUUGAAAUCCGCUAUGUAUUACGUCUCCGUAACGUUGGAAGCCUUUAUCUUUUGUUUCGCUGGAGAAUACCUCAGCGCCAAGAGCAAAUCGAUUGGGGAUGCAGUCUACGAGGCGCUUUGGUAUAACAUGCCACCUGCCAAAUGUCGGAUUCUAUUAUUUGUGAUAUUAAGAUCGCAGAAAAGAUUGACAAUCACUGCUGGAAAGAUCAUGGAUCUUUCGCUUAAAGAUUUUACAAGAAACGUCGCGGUGGUCCGAUUCCGCGAGAUAAUGCGCGCAACUUCCAUCAGCACUUCCGUCGAGAUCGGUCUCAGAUUCGUUGGGAUCUGGCCCGGUUUACCGAAUGGAACCGUCAUUUGGCUCGCGUAUAUGACGUGCUUGGUGUUGGCGCUGUAUUUUCAGUACGUGUACAUUUUCGAUCACUUCGACAUCAACAAAAUCUCGAAUCUCAUCGAUGCGCUUAGUAUCACGUUGUCGGCCAGCUUCGGCGGCCUGAAGCUGAUAUCUUUCUGGUCGAACCGCAGGAUAUUUUAUAAUAUUCUGCUGGCGAUGGAAGAAUACUGGAAUAACGUCGAUAUUUACGAUAAAUCGGUAUCGUAUAUCAUGUCGAGCAAUGCCGAUCUGUCGCGCCGUUGCUCGAACGUGUUGAUCAGCAUUAACGCCGCGACCGCAAUUAGCUACUGCAUGACCAGUCUUGUGCGUCGUGAGACUGAAUUUAACGAGGAUCUCAACAUUAGCUUGAGAAUACUGCCAGUACAAAUGGAACUUCCCUUCGAAGUUGACGCGUCUCCCCUUUUCGAACUUUUAGCGCUCGUUCAGAUUUUUUAUGCAGUGUCGAUAGCCUCUUUAGUCGCUAUGAUAAAUUGCUUAAUCAUCACGUUGGUACUUCACGUGAGCGGACAGAUCGAUAUUCUUCGUCGAGAAUUACUGACAAUUUGCGGCGAUGAAACUUCACAGCGCUUUUCAAUCGUUGCAAGUGUCAGGCUUCUGAUUAGUCGACACCAAAGAAUAAUAACGCUUUCGGACAAUAUUCAAGAGCUUUAUUCCGAGAUCGCCCUGAUGCAGUUCCUGUCGAAUACCGUAGUCAUGUGUUGCAUCGGCUUCACAUUCAUAGGGUCUGUCGGUAAAGACGGAGCUACCGUGUUAAUGUUGAAAUCCGCUAUAUUUUACGUGUCCAUAACGUUGGAAGCCUUUAUCUUUUGUUUCGCUGGAGAAUAUCUCAGCGCCAAGAGCAAAUCGAUUGGGGAUGCAGUCUACGGGGCGCUUUGGUAUAACAUGCCACCUGCCGAAUGUCGAAUUUUAUUAUUUGUUAUAUUAAGAUCGCAAAAGAGAUUGACAAUCACUGCUGGAAAGAUCAUGGAUCUUUCGCUUAAAGAUUUUACAAGUAGCAAAUCGGUAGGCGAUGCAGUCUACGAGGCGCUUUGGUAUAACAUGCCACCUGCCGAAUGUCGAAUUCUAUUAUUUGUGAUAUUAAGAUCACAGAAGAGAUUGACAAUCACUGCUGGAAAGAUAAUGGAUCUUUCGCUAAUAGGAUUUACAAGUACCUUUCAAUAUCGAUAUUUCGUCAUACACGUCCGCACGGACGACCUGUCGCAUCUGAUGGAUGGCCUCAGCACUACGAUGUCUUAUAGCCUUCUAUUAUUGAAACUCACGAUAUUCUGGAUCAAUCGGCGGAUAUUUUACGACAUCCUGGAGAUGAUGGCCCAGGAUCGGAGCGAGUGCGUGACCGAGUGGGCCGUCUGCUCGAUGUCGAGAACGAUUGAUGUGUCGCAUCGGUCCUCCAACCUGAUCAUCGGCCUCUACUCGAUGUCAGUGUUUCUUUACGGUACUGGCGUACUUGUUGCUCACGCCGACAAGCCCGACGAACAGCUCUCGGUGCCAGCGCGAGAGCUGUUUCUCAAAAUGGAGCUACCUUUCGAAUCCAAUGCCUCCCCUGCGUACGAGCUCGUCAUGAUCACGCAGUUUUUCCACCAGCUCGCGGCAGCCACGAUAGUCGGUGUGCUUAACGCCCUGAUUGUCUCACUGGGCAGAAUGAUCGGUGAUGCAGCGUACGAAGCGAAGUGGUACAAUUCGAAUCCCACGCAGAGUCGUAUUUUAUUACUGCUGAUUUUGAGGUCGCAAAGAAAGUUAACUAUUACUAUUGGAAAAUUUAUGGAUCUCUCUCUAGAACGUUUUACAACAGUAAGAUACGUGAUUGUGAACUUUGGCGAGGAAGACCUAAUGAUUCUCAUGGACGCGUUAAGCGUAACUUUCGCGUACACCCUUCUGCUUAUUAAAAUGGUUAUUUUUUCGUUCAAUGCUCGUCUGCUGAACGAAAUCAUGACAUGUAUGACCAAGGACUGGAAGGAGUGCAAUAUUUCGGACGAGUACACGAUGAUCAGAAUAGCUUACGUCUCUCGUUUGGUCUCCAACAGUAUAAUCUGCUCGCACAUGAUGUCGGUAUUCCUCUACGCGAUAGGCACAUUAAUGAAGAUCAAGAAUGAAAAUCAAACCGAUAAUCGAGAGCUCAUCAUUAAGAUGGAGAUACCCUUCGAGAUUGAGAGCACAUCGGUUCUUCACGUGUGUGGGCAGAUUGACAUAAUACGGCAGAAAUUGAGUGAAGUUACACAGAAGAGCAUCGAGCAAGAUAUAAACGACAGCGUUUUGAAAGCGCUGAUCGUUCGGCAUCAACAGAUUAUCACCUUCUCCAAAAAAAUCGAGGCUCUCUAUUCGAAUAUCGCACUAAUACAAUUCGUAUCGAACACUCUGGUUAUCUGUUGUCUGGGAUUUCUCAUCGUGAUCAGCGAAAUGAUCGGCGACGCGGCGUACGAAUCGCUUUGGUACGAAAUGAGCCCGAGUCAAAAUCAAGAUAUUCAUAUUAUGAUCAUAAGAUCCCAAAAACAUUUGACGCUUACAAUAGGAAAAGUUAUGGAACUCUCUUUAAAGCAAUUUGCUAACACCUUUCAAUAUCAACACUUGAUCAUGCAUUUCCGCGAAGAGGAUCUUUUGCUCCUCAUGGACGUAUUAAGCGCAACUUUGGCUUACAGUCUUCUGCUCAUCAAAUUGAUUAUUUUUGCGUUUAAUGCUCGUCUGCUGAAUGUAAUCAUAGAGCGCGUAAUUGAGGAUCGGAAGGAGUGCGAUGUUUGUGACGAGUACAUGAUGACUAGGAUGGCGUACAUUGCUCGUCGAUUCUCCAACUUUAUAAUUACCUUGUAUGCGCUCUCGGUGUUCCUUUACGCAACCGGUACAUUGCUGAGGUACAAAAGUAACAAUCAGACUGACACUCGAGAGCUUAUCCUUAAGAUGGAAUUGCCUUUCGAGAUCAAGAGCACAGCGGUACACAUAGUUGUCCUUAUUAUACAAUUUGUUCAUCAGACAAGUGGAGCCAGUUUGGUAGGCGUGAUGAAUUCUUUGCUGAUAACACUGGUUCUUCACGUGUGCGGACAGAUUGACAUCGUGCGACAAAAAUUGAGUGAAAUCACGCGAAAAGAUAUUAAGCGAGGUGUGAACGAGAGCAUCGUGAAAAUAUUGAUUAUUCGUCAUCAAAAGAUUAUUUCUCUUUCGAAAAAUAUCGAAGACUUUUUCUCAAAUAUCGCGCUAAUACAAUUCGUAUCAAACACUCUGGUUAUUUGUUGUCUAGGAUUUCUUAUCGUGAUCUCCAUCGGUGUUCCGGGCGGAUCGUCUAUGCUAAUAAAGUCCGUGUUCUUUUACAUUGUUAUGAGCAUGGAGGCAUUUAUAUUUUGCUUCCUCGGAGAGUAUCUCAGUACGAAAAGUCAAAAGAUCGGCGACGCGGCGUACGAAUCGCUUUGGUACGAACUGAACCCAAAUCAAAAUCGAGACGUCCUGCUCAUCAUCAUAAGAUCGCAGAAGCACUUGACGCUCACGGUCGGAAAGGUCGUGGAUCUUUCCCUCAAGCAAUUCGCUGGCGUAAGGAAAUUAGAGAUAUGUAAUGAAAGUAACGUUAGAAAAGCUAUAUCUGUAGGUAGGCUGUUAACGUGAAUGAUGUUUCGACAGCCGAGCAACGUUCUGUAGUCGUUUCGUCGUGGCACGAUGUUCGCGUACGAUGGCAGUAAUUGCUUCUAUCACGUUGCAGAUCGUGAAAGCUUCGGCGUCAUAUGUGUCGGUGUUACACGCAAUGUAUUGAAGCCUUAAACUGCACGCCGCUUAUAUCUUCGCGUGCAGAAGGAUAUAGUACUUUUAUCACCGUCAGUCGUUUACACGGUUAACAAUUUUUCUAUUCAAAGAGGCGGAGUUUCACAUCAAGUGUAUACGCGUGUAGACAAACAGGGGUAACGGAGCAUCGAUUUACCGAGAUUGAUGUAUUUUACCGAGUCGGACAACGAAAUGAUGACCAGAAUAAACGUAUUCCCCAUUGAGAGAGAUUAAUUUAAUCAUCUAAUACUAGCGUUUUUAUAUUAAAAUCAAAAAUUAAUUUG